AUGCUCGGACAUACGCUGCACGAACUCAUCUUCAUUCGUAUAUGCAUAUUCUUCCUGCAAUACCCCAUCAUUACAUACGCAUCCGCUCUCGCCGUCUGCCUCCUGGGUCCCAAGCUCGGCUCACCAGACCCGCGAUGGACGGCUGCUGCUUUAUGGGUUGUCGGUUUCAUGUUUGUUGAAUUAGCGUAUGCCUUAUUCAUCUGGACACCGUAUAAGAUCCGCCUUGGGGAAGCCGCGAAACAUCCAGCCCCGUUGUCGCCGGCUGCGAGACGCGCACUUUUUGAACGAUGCAUGGCCACAGUUCCGAACCCGGAGUUGUACCUCCGUGGGUGGUUCCUGGGGUCAGAGAUCAAGGACAUUCGCCGUGACAAUGUUCACGAGUUUCUUCUCUGGGCCUUCUUUGACGAAAGCGCUGAGGAUAACCCUACUUCAAGCGAAGUUGAGGAGGAAGUGGGCCGAUACAUCAGCCGGACUGAACAACUGCUGGGUAAAUCAUUUGAGGACGGUCGUGGCCCUGCGCAAAGUCUACGGCUUACUUUUGACGACAUCGAGACCAAGUAUCGCAGCUUUUGGUGGUACGUCAUGAUGGCUGUCGUGGACGCCGGCACCCAUGUUCUCCUCGUGUUCAAUGGCUUUGAGUACUACGCUCAAAGCAGAGAAGACACCCUUGCCGUCUUCCCACCACGAAUUCAACAACUCGCUGCCCAGCGUCGCUCUUCGACUGGGCUGAGCUAUUGGCAUCGCCCACAUCAACAAUCUGAUCGACUUCCUAUUAUCUUCUUCCACGGCAUAGGCAUAGGGCUUUGGGUGUACAUUCGUUUUCUCGCUGAAAUCAGUGCCAGUAAAGUCAGAGGGGAUGGCCAGGUUGGGGUUAUAGCUCUCGAGAUUUUGCCGAUAUCCUUCCGGUUGACGAAGCCUCCUCUGGGCAAGGACGCCUUUCUCGAACAAUUCACCGAGAUUCUCGACCGUCAUUCGUGGGACAAAUUUGUUCUUGUUUCUCACUCAUAUGGGUCUGUUUUGACAACGCAUGUCUUGCGCUGUCUGGAGUUGCAGGCGAGAAUCCCACGAGCGGUGCUCAUCGAUCCCGUGAGCAUACUGCUCCAUCUCCCCGACGUGGCAUUCAACUUCACACGGCGUCAGCCAAAGCGCGCCAAUGAGUGGCAGCUAUGGUACUUUGCGAGUACAGACCCAGGGGUUGCCCAUUGCCUCGGCAGACACUUCUUCUGGAGGGAGAAUGUCAUCUGGGCCGAGGAGCUCGCAGGACACCAUCCAGAAUUGGAAAAAGCAGUUCGAACUGACGGAUCAACGAGCGAUGGGCGAACCGCGACAAGGAAGAUCACCGUCUGCUUAUCGGGGCAGGAUUUGAUAGUUGACAGCCAUGCUGUUGCCAAAUAUUUGGCAGACGGGAAGUCAAGCGACCCCGCAUGUGCGCAGGGCGAAGAGAAGCAGGGUCGGCGCAAUGCUGCCGGAGUGGCUGGUUUGGGAAGCGAGCAUCGACAUUCAGCUGGGUCGGACAUAGACGUGCUCUGGUUCCCCUCCAGAGACCAUGCGCAGGCGUUUGACUCAGUGCAGGACAGAGGGCGUAUUGUCGAUGUUGUACGAGAAUACUGCGAGGAAUGA